AUGGGACAAGCAAUAGGGGAGUCCAUAAAGACAGCAUAUGAAUCGGGUCCUUACAGAAAGCUGAAGUACUUUUCAGGUAUUAAACCAGUGCCUGUAGGGGAAGAUGACUAUGACACUUGGAGGCAUCAACUAAAUCAGGUGAUGCAGGAAUGGCAAUGUAGUGAGGCUGAAAAGAGGAAACGUGUUGCAGAAAGCCUGCGAGGACCUGCAGGGAAUGUAAUAUGUGCAUUAAAGGCCAGCAAGCCGGUUGCCACUGUUGAUGACUAUCUCUCGGCCAUGGAGGAUGCCUUUGGGAGCCUAGAGACAGGGGAAGACCUCUACUUUCAAUUUCGUUCCUGUUACCAACAGCCAGGUGAAAAACUAUCGUCCUAUCUUCACAGAUUGGAACCGUCCCUUCAGCUGUGCAUCCGCCGUAAAGGCAUUGACAGGAGCAAGGAACACCGAGUACGACUAGAACAGGUCAUACGAGGUGCCAUUUAUGAUGACUUUCUAAUUAUGAAAUUGAAACUUGUAGACCGCUUGGACAGUCCUCCAGAAUUCCAUCAAUUGCUGCGAGAAGUCCGGGAGGAGGAGGAAAAGAGAACUGUUAGAGAAAGGAAUAAGAUCUCAGUGAGCAGGACCGUUGCUCCUAACCAACUGAAGGAAGAUCCUUGUCUGUCCACCACUGAGGACCUCCAUCAACAGCUUAAAACCCUGACAGCACAGCUUACGGAAUUGAUGACGAGUAAGAUGCCUCGGGGAUCACUUAGCGAAAUUCUUCCACCAACUUUGAUGGAAAGAAAGUGCCCUCCUUUUCGCCCAGGAAGAGGAGACCCCAACAGAGAACCUGUAAAGAAAACCUUGGCAACCCUCCCAAGGAACAAGAGAUUCUGCUACCGAUGUGGUGAGGAUGGGCACAUUUCCACCCAGUGUGACAACUCAAGGAAUGAAGAGAAGGUAGCACAACGAAAAAGGGAGCUACAGGGAAACUCCCAAGGGUCCCAGUAA